AGAGGGAACUUGAGUGGUUGCCAGGCCCUCAGGUUGGCCAACUGAACCUCAUCCUGAGGAAGAACGCCAUUGCCAACAAGAAGCUGUUAGAGAGAAGACGCUGGGACCAGGAGUUUUCUGCACGCCUGAAGUUGGCUGUCAAUAUGGGAAAGCAGAAGGCCAUCGCCUUGUGCCAGGUUCAAGAGCAUAAAGAAAAGGUCCUACGGCGGGAAGCCAGGCGGAAGGUUGUUGCCCCCAGUACAAGAAGUCUAAGGGACCAAAAAGAAGGAAAGGAGAGUGGUAAGGCAGCCUUGGAUGACCAGAUGAAGAGUGAACCCGAGCAGCUGCCAAUCUCUGAGAGGGACACAUCGAGCCUUCCCUAUAGAAGAAGUGCCAUCUACAGUCCGAAUCUGGCAGAGAAAAAACUGCAGGACGAGGACUAUUACGAGUUUCCUCCGCUUGCUGCAGAGGAGGGAAAGCAGGUGGAGAUCAUCGGGGGCCAGACUGAGCAGCAGAGAGAAAAGUUCCCAUUGCUGGAAAUCAAGAAGCGGAUUGAAAGAGCUCGGCAGACUUUAGAUCCGGUGGACAGCUGGGAAAACAGCUCCAAGUUUAAGAAGCAGAGGGCUUUUGAGAAGAAACUGCUUGAACGCUAUAUCUCCGAUGAAAAGCUUGCAGAGAAAAGACAGCAGGACCAAGCAAUGGACAGCCUGAAGCUUGCACAAUAUAGGCGAAACCAGAAGAUCGUCCUUCUGGCCCAGCUCGUGCAGCAGAGAAGCAGUUUCUUUGCACAGAUACCCAAGAAUAUGCCGCUUUGGGAUGCGGACAUGUAUUUUGUGUUGGAGCCUUGGGAGGACCGCAAAAUCCAUUCACCGGAUGUUACAAAGGCUGUUGGCAAAGACGUGCAAGCAACUGCGGGGAGUCUGGUAUUUGGCCAAACUCAAGCUGCAUUAGAGGAGACAGAAUGUCUUUUGGGGAAGCCCCCUCAGGAUAUGGGGGACAGAGCCCAGUGAAAUGUCCUCCUGCCCCUUUGAUGCUGCCAGGCCUUCCCUUAUGGCCUUGCAGUCCAGCCCCUCAUGCCCCCAAAGUCCCACCUGCCAGUGGCUGCUACUUCAAGUCUUCCCCCACCUCCUCCAAGGCCUUCCAUCAGUCCCGCUUUUUAAGGGUUCAUAAUUAAAC